GCCCUGCUUGAAUUUCUGUAUUGGAAGAACAUCUCGACUUUUACGCCAACGAGCAGCGACAAAAUUUACGACAACUACCCACCAACGGUUCCUUCUUCAAGAUGUCGGCAACAGAAGCUACCCAGAAGAAGACCUUCGGAAAAUCGACCCGGGUCGUUUCCAACGAGAAGGCACAAAAGUACUACCCGGCAGAGGAUGUCUCCGCUCCAAGAAAGGUCCGCAAGUCCAUCAGACCAUCUAAAGUUAGACCAUCCCUCGAACCCGGAAAAGUCCUGAUCCUCCUCGCCGGUCGUUUCCGUGGCAAGCGUGUCGUUCUCUUGAAGGCACUUGACCAAGGUGUUCUCCUCGUUACCGGCCCAUUCAAGGUCAACGGUGUCCCAAUCCGCAGAGUCAACGCCCGUUACGUUAUCGCCACCUCCACCAAGGUCGAUUUGGAGGGUAUCGACUCAGCAAAGAUUGAGGAGCUCUCAAACCCAAAGUACUUUGCUAGAGAGAAGUCAGAGAAGAAGGCAUCAGAAGAGGCUUUCUUCAAGCAAGGCGAGAAGCCAGAGAAGAAGCAACCAUCCUCCAGCCGCGCAGCAGACCAAAAGACCAUCGAUAAGGCCAUCCUUUCCAGCCUCAAAAAGACUCCAGAACUCGCCAGCUACCUCGGUAGCUCUUUCAGCCUUCGCAAGGGUGAUAAGCCACACGCAAUGGUAUUUUAAAUAUGUGUUGUGGAGAUUGGGGGGAAUGGGUACAUUUGGGCGCGGAUGUGGGAAAAUUCUACAGUCGAUUUGACGAAUCGCUUCUUGCAUCUUGACCUCUGAAUGGGCAUGGGUCGUCUCAUUGUGAAGGGCGCUAUGUAAUCUGAUUUGCAAUGAUGAAGAAAACCACAAAGCAAUGAUAUCUUUUUUUACGCGGAUGAUUGUGAGAUAUGUGAUUUCAGGACGAUCUUUGGCAGGUGAAGAGUAUGGAUAGGAGUGUGGUAGCCAUGCAUUUCAAAGGAUGAUUUUGUGACGACAUCAGCCAGCCGACAUGUGUCCAUGUGAAAGUCGCGGGAUGCAAUGCCUGAGUGCAAUCCAGUUCAUUCUGUGGAAUUACUAAAAAGUGGGUAAAGAUAAGUAAGGCCAAGCCGCCUUUUUCACCCGCAAUACGGAAAACCACGCACAGAGUGCUCUUUGGUCAUUCAUAAUUUGACUUCAUAUUCAUGUGAUGAAAGUCUACGCGCUAGCACUCAUAUUGUUGGAAUUCAAAAGAUCCCCAAUCCAGCUAACGCGAAGCUGGAGUGCUUUUGGUAUAGUUUCCACCAGCAUCGCAAAACCCCAAUUUCGGUCUUGCUGAAUGUGCGUAAAACCCAUGCAUCAAGAUUGUACCAUGCCUCACUCUCCGUUCAUUUCCCCUUUCCCCAUCCCU